GGCUCCUGAGAGAAGCGGGGCGGAGUCACGCCGCGUCGCGCGCUGAAGGUGACGUCACCCGUGCUCCCAGCAUCCUUUCUGUUGUAAGAUGGCGGCGCCUACCCACUUCCGGUAAAGCCGGUUGGAGGGGAAAUACUUUUUCGGUCGGCAUUAGUGAGAGGAAGAAGGGAACCAAAAACUGGAGUGCAGUAAGUGAGCGGCAGCGCUCGGAUCUGGAUCGCAGCCAUGGCCAAUGCCGUGAUCGCCAAGCGGGAUGGCCCCCAGUUCAUCAGUGAAGCCGCCGUCCGAGGGAACGCAGCCAUUUUGGAUUACUGCCGGACGUCAGUCUCUGCCCUCUCGGGAGCGACCGCUGGAAUCCUGGGCCUGACUGGCCUUCACGGCUUCAUCUUCUACUUCCUGGCCUCUGCCCUCCUCUCCAUCCUGCUGGUGCUGAAAGCCGGGCGGCGGUGGAGCAAGUACUUUAAAACCCGAAGGCCCCUUUUCACCGGAGGGCUGAUUGGGGGUCUCUUCACAUAUGUCCUCUUCUGGACUUUCCUCUAUGGCAUGGUACAUGUUUACUAGGGGAGGGCGGAAGAGGAGAAGCGCCGAGUUAGUACGGUUCUCGUGGAGUGACAGGACUUCGAGGGAAAUGGCCACCUUGUCUCCUGGGCCAGACGUCUGGGGCUGUUGAUCCGUUGCUUGUGCUGCUUAACCCUGCCAGUAACUUCUGUCGGGAAACAAGCCUGUAAAACCCUGCCAAUUAAACAAAAUGUGAAAUCCCUAA